AUGGCUGCUCUAAAGUUUUUCUUUUUAUGUUUGGUAUCAAUCUUCAAUCAACAGACCUCUGUUUCUGCUUCCCAGAGUGAUCAGGUUUUGUGGGCUUUUCCAAAAUCUGACAAAGAAGCAGACAUUCUACGGAAUCUGACCACUGCUUUUGAGAUUGUGCUUUGGCAACCCGUUUCCCCAGAGAACAUUGUAAAGAAUAAAGAGGUACAUUUUUACGUCAAUGUUUCCGAUGUAGAUGACGUGAAAGCAGAGCUUAACCGAUCUGCCAUUUUAUUCAGAAUUGCUCUGGAAGAUGUUCAGAAAAUUAUUGACCUACAAACUGUCAAUGACACUGUUACACCCCGCAGUUCUAUUUCAUUUUAUGAACAAUAUCAUUCUCUGAAAGUGAUAUAUACAUGGAUGGAUGAAAUAGCUGCAAGAUAUCCUGCUAUCAUCCAAAAGAUACAUAUUGGACAUUCGUUUGAUAAACGUCCGCUUUAUGUUUUGAAGCUUUCGGGUAGAAGCAGAACUCCCAAAAACGCCAUUUGGAUUGAUUGUGGUAUCCAUGCAAGGGAAUGGGUUUCACCAGCUUGUUGUCUCUGGUUUAUAGGACACGUUACACAAUUUCUAAACAGGGAUGUAACAAUGGCAGGUCUCCUACAGAACCUUGAUUUCUAUGUCAUGCCAAUAAUGAAUGUGGAUGGUUAUGAGUAUACAUGGACUACUAAUCGAAUGUGGAGAAAAAGCCGCUCCCAGCAUGGCUACAACAAGUGCACUGGGACAGAUAUGAAUCGCAAUUUUGAUGCAGGCUGGUGUGGAAAAGGUGGAUCCAGAGAUGACUGCCAAGAGACUUACUGUGGACCUUACCCAGAAUCUGAGCCAGAAGUAAAAGCCGUGGCCGAUUUUCUCAGAAAGCACAAGGAUCGUGUUAAAGCGUACCUAACAAUGCACUCUUACUCCCAGAUGGUUCUGUUUCCAUAUUCAUAUACUAAAAAUAAAUCUAAAGAUCAUGAUGAGCUGCAACUGGUGGCGAACCAAGUGACUAAUGCAAUUAGAAAUACAUACCACAAUCGCUACGUGGCAGGCUCCGGUGCGCAAACCAUCUAUUUAGCUCCGGGCGGUUCAGAUGACUGGGCUUACGACCAUGGCAUUAAGUAUUCUUUUACUUUUGAGCUUCGGGACAGGGGAAGAUAUGGAUUCCUACUUCCUCAACAUCUCAUUAAGCCGACCUGCUACGAAGCGAUCACCGGAAUCAAAAUUAUAGCUUCACACGUGAAUACAAAUAUGUAAAACGCGUAAUUCCAUUUUAAGCAUUAUAUAGCGCAGCAUUAUACACAGACCACCUGGUACAUGCUGGUUACUAUUUUAAUUUCAAAUAAAACUUAUUUUUCAUGUUA